AGAGAGAGAGAGAGAGAGAGAGAUCGGCGGGAGUUUCGGACUAGGCUCGCCGGAGAAGAAAGCAGAAAUUCCGGCUGAAAUCACGGCCGAAGGAAACAGAAGUGGUUUCCAGGCAGUAAAUGAAAAGGAGAGAACGAAUGAGCGAGAAGAGUCUCUUCAACGUGGAAGAGAGAAAAUGUCGAGGCGAUACGGUUAUUGGCCGGAGAGACGAGAAAAUGAAGCGACGAUUGGUCAGCUACGACGCUUUGCCGGAUUAUUUAAAGGAUAAUGAGUUCAUUCUCGAUCAUUACAGAUGUGAAUGGCCGCUUAAGGAUACGAUUCUCAGCGUGUUUUCUUGGCACAACGAGACUCUCAACAUCUGGACGCAUUUAGGAGGAUUUAUGAUAUUUCUAGCGCUUACGGUGAUGAGUUCGACGGGAAAAACAAUGUCUUAUUACGAGAUGGCUCGUUACAGUCUAUCUAGAUUGGCGAUUCCAGUACCACCGACGUCGGAUGCAAGUUUUACGAUGAACAGAAGGAUUGGAAACGCUAAUCUUACGGAUUCUUCUUCAUCAUCGUCGUCGUCCUUUCAGACAAACAUAGGAGAUUCAUCGGUGUUGAAUAUGAAGGGAUACGAUUACAUGAUUCUAUCAAUAUCAGAAUGGCCAUGGUUCAUCUUCCUUGGAGGUGCAAUGUCCUGUUUAAUCUGCAGUUCAUUAUCCCAUCUUUUCGCAUGCCAUUCAAAACAAUUCAACUUCUUCUUCUGGCGCCUAGACUACGUCGGCAUCUCCAUAAUGAUAAUCUGUUCAUUCUUCGCCCCAAUCCACUACGCCUUCUCCUGCAAUCCCCAAGCCCGUCUCUUCUACCUUUCCUCCAUCACCCUCUUAGGAAUCCUAGCCAUUAUAACUCUCCUCGCACCCGUCUUUUCAUCUCCCAAAUUCCGUUCUUUCCGAGCAUCCCUCUUCCUAACCAUGGGAUUCUCCGGCGUCAUUCCGGCCGCCCAUGCAAUCUUCCUAUUCUGGCGCCACCCCCAGAUUCUAGCCGCACUCACAUACGAACUUCUAAUGGGUCUCUGUUACGGCGUCGGGGCUGCGUUUUAUGUCACAAGAUUCCCCGAAAGAUGGAAACCAGGUUUAUUCGAUAUUGCCGGUCAUAGCCAUCAGAUAUUUCACCUUCUUGUUGUCGCAGGAGCGCUCGCUCAUUGCGCCGCCACUCUCAUUAUAAUGGACUGGCGGCGCGGAUUAACCGCUUGCAACGGUCUUUGAUUAAUAUUUAUUUUUUUAUAAAAUAAAAAAUAAAUAAAAAGGUGGUAUCAAUUGUAGUGGUGGUGAUGGUUUGUUUGUAAUCAGAAUCUUGCAAUAAUAAUAAUAAUAAUAUUAUUUAGAUUACAGGAA